GGCCGCGGACGGGAGGCGGCGCGCUGUGCAGCAGGAUGUGAUGGAGCAGGCCGGAGAACGUUGCUCCCCUAUUGACAAUAUAACGUCAUCAGAUUUGCAAGGCGUCUUGGAGCGUUCAGCCCAGCACUACCUGCAUAUAAGACAGCAUCAUGGACCCUCUACUGAAUUCUUUUCCUGUCCAGAUGGAGAGAAGAUAAAGGUCGAUGGAAACUGUGUUCUUCAUGCACCUUUGUAUCGUGAUGACGACACUCUGAAAAUGCUGCUCUUAAUAAACCCAAAGAAAAGAGACUCAGUUUUGGCUGUGUACUUCAAUAACAAGUGGUGGUGUGUAGCUGAUAUCUUACAAUCAUGUGUUCCAGUCCAACAAAGUCUGAAACAGGUUCAGACAUGUGAAGAAAGGAUUGUCCUCUUUGUUCUCAACUGCCUGGUGUGUGGCUUUAUGGAGAGCGGUGAUUCCGAGAAUGGAGUUUGCUUUCUUCCACACUCUGCAGGGGAGCUGGCCAAGAUUUUCUGGCAUUGCGGAGAGGCUGUGGCAUUUUACACGUACAAAAACAAAGGCAACCUGUGUGACAGGAGCGGCCAGUGUUACAUGCUACCAGUGCUGGACACCAUCUAUGUGCGAAAGGAAUGGCGGCGGCAUGGUUUUGGAAUUGCAAUGUUGAAAGACUUUUGUCAGACUUUUUCACAAGAAGUUGCCCUGGGUAUCAGCUCACCUAUUUCUCCAAAUAUGUAUCACGUCUGUGGCAGAUUUCUAGCAGACAAUCACAAGGAACAGGAUCGUCUUUGGGAAGUGGAUCCCCCAGGUGACUGGAGCCAGCGCACCAGUAUUUGGUUACAGAUUCAGCUCGGUGAGACUCCAGUGAUAAAGAAUUGUUUUGUGGAGAGAUUAUCUGAAGACGCAGGAGGUCAAGGUCAUACCGCUUCAGCAGAGGAUGACCAGAAUAUUGGAUCUCCAAAUCAUCAGCUCAGCAAGAAGAGGAAGAUGCAGGCCGAGAAAGUCUGUGAGACAAAGCAAAGUAAAAUAUGCUGAUGUGACAGCGGCUCACAUUAUACAAAAUGUUGGACAGAAGAUGAAUUAUGAAUUCCAACUAACCAUUCUGAAUGCAUGGUGCUAAAGUAUUGUGCGCUAUACCUUAAUUGCUCUUGGACUGCUUUUAAUACACAAUUUAGUAUAUAGUGUGGAGCACAAUUACACUGUGCACUAUGUAAGUUGUGCUAUGUCAUUUGCAUGUAUGGAGGAGGCUCUUGAGCUGAGCCCACUCCGUAAGUGGCAGGUGCAAUGCAGCUGGCACCUGGCAGCAAUGACCAGGAUCAUAGAUAACUCUGAUUCCCGGUCACUUGACACCUCAGAUGCCGCGGUCAGUAGUGAUUGCGGCAUCUAAGGAGUUAGACAGAGGGAGGGGCUUCCUCUCUUCCCUGAUCGGAGCUCCCACAGCAAUUCCAUUUGCCUGUCAUAGUAAGCUGCAUGUCAAGGCUUGCCUGUGGCAGGGCUAAAACGGGUUUUCUCACUUCAGCAAAUGGCAUUUAUCAUGUAUACAAAGUUAAAGGGGUUGUCUCACUUCAGCAGAUGGCAUUUAUCAUCUACCGAAAGUUAAUACAAGGCAAUCACUAAAUAUUGUGACUGUCCAUAUUGCCUCCUUUGCUGGAUGGAUUCAUUUUUCCAUCACAUUAUGCACUGCUUGUUUCCAGGGAUUAGGGCCUUUCAUACUGUAGGAAAAAAGCUGGCUUCUCUGGAGGCUGGGACCAUGGGAGCAUGCGCAUGCAUGAAAAAAUUAAUCCAACCAGCAAAGGAGGUAAUAUGUAAAAUGACAAUACAUUAGUAAGUCAUGACAUGACAAAUGACAUUUCCUGAAGUGAAACAACCCCCUUAAUAGGAAGCUUGUAAGAUUUAGCCAGCAUUUAUAGACUCCUGAAUGGCGAAUUCAGUGCAUUUUCCAUUCUGAAAUUCUUGGAAAACCACUGUUUGAAAUCUGCGUUGCGAGGAACUGACUUCCUUUAUUCCUACUGUUUCCAAAAUUGCUAAGUUUUCUUAUGGGAAAUCUCAGCUGGUGGCUACACGUGGAUUGGUCCCACUGAGUGGUGCUAAAUCCUUGUGCAGAUGUGCGACAUCUGCAAAUGCAAAUUUGGAGCAGAAAUGUGAGGGCGAGCCAAGGACUUCUGCUGCCAAAUCGGAUGUGGAUUUUCUUGAUGGAAUUGACUGCUGAUCUCCUUAAAGGGGUUAUCCCAUGACUAAUGUACAAAAUGAAAAUCAGACAUCAUAUAGUACAUGAGAACCUCUUUCUAACAAAGCUAUAACCAACCCUGUACCUCACAUGGAU